UCGAUAACUGAUAGCACGUGUUGGAUGCACUCGCGUUUUAUAAACUGUAUUUAAGAAAUAAUUUAAUAUCUAAAAACUUCGACGCCCUACGGGAAUAUAAUUAUAAUUACAAAUGGCUAUGUUGGCAGAACCACGACGCCGCAAGCGGUACAACCUGUGCCCCCGCGGCAAGGCGCUGUACGAGGAUGACAACCGCUUUGGCACCAAGAUGCUGGAGAAGAUGGGCUGGUCCAAGGGCAAUGGCCUGGGCGCCAGGCAGGAUGGCGAAAAGGAUUUUGUUCGCAUUCGCUUCAAAAACGACGCCGAGGGAUUGGGUUACGAGGCAAAGGAUGAUCAGUGGACCACGCACGAGGAGGGGUUCAAUGGGCUACUAAAGUCUUUGAACGGCGGCGAAGACGAUAAGGAGGCUAAUGGCAAAGCAUCGGAGUCAGAAGAGGAAACCAGACCAAUGGGAUUUGGCUUCAAGGCCGAUGAUCCAGAGGAGCCGCCAUCUAAAAAGAAGCUCAAGGAGGACAUAAGUGGGAUGUCGCUAGAGCAGCGGUCGAAGCAAAGUAAGGCUCGAGUUCAUUACCAGAAGUUCACACGCGGCAAGGACUUGUCCCAGUACAGCGAAAAGGACCUGGCCAACAUAUUUGGCAAAAAGGCAACCGAAGAUAUCGCAGUGCCGGUAGUGAUCGAAGAACCGAAGGAAGAGCAGACAGUGUCUCCCAAUUUCGGUGGCGUUCAAACAGUAAGCACAGGGUUGUCUGUAAACGAUUAUUUCAAACAGAAAAUGGAGGCCAUAAAGAACAAACUUAAAAUAGGAUCAACCCCAGAGAAUAGGGUUGGUGAGGCUCAGGUAAACGGCAGCGAGGUAGAUGUCGAAGAGCCCAACGCCGAGAAUGUCUCAGAGGAGCCUAUAAAAAAGAAAAAGAAGAGGAACGCAGAAAGCACAGUUGAGCCUCAAAUUACUGAGCCGAAGAAAAAGAAGAAAUCCGAGCGUUCUCAAGAAGAAACUAAAGGAGUGGGUGAAACCUGUGUAGACCCUGUGGAAGGCGAAGAAACUAUUGUCAAAAAGAAGAAGAAGAAAUCGAAACGCUCCUCUCCAGAUGAGGCUGAAGAACUGGAAGCAACUUUCGUGGAACCCAAACCUGCGGAAGAUAAAGAAACUAUUGUCAAAAAGAAAAAGAAAAAUAAGAAGGAUAAGGCAGACAAGAAAGAAGAGACUACUGAUACAGUGAUUGAAACUAUCGAAAUAGUCGACGAGCCCGCUCCCAAAAAGAAAAGGUCUAAGAAAACUGAGGGGACAGAGUCCGAAAUAAUUUUAAUUGAUGACAAUUCAAACUCCAGAGAUGAUCAUGGGACAAACGAAUCGGAGGUCAUGGAUGAACUUGUUAGAAUAAAGAAAAAGAAGUCUAAGAAAUGCGAAGAAAUUCAAAAUCAAGACACAAACGUUGUUAGUGAAGAAAAGGAAAGCCCUCCUAAAAAGAAGAAAAAAUCAAAGCAGGAUAAAACUAAUAUUAAACCCGAAGAGACCAUACAAACAGACUCACCUGAUGCCGAUUCUACCGAGAAAACCUCAAAGAAAAAGAAGAAGUCCAAGGCCCAUGUUGAUGAGCCCGUACCCGAAGAUGCCACUCCUGAACUAGAACCAGCCUUCGAUACCAUUGAUACAGAUGUAAGUCCUGCCAGUAGAAGUUUCGGAGAUAAAAGUGAUCAGUCAGCCGAUGAAGAGCUGCCAAAAGACCUCUUAUCACUGGAAGAGAUCAACGAAAGACUAAAAUCAUUCAAUACAUUUAUAAUCUCUCAAUUUUGUGCAGAAAAAUUCCAACUGUUCGAUAUGAGUGCGUUUUGUAACUCGACGUUGAGUAAAAUCGAGGGCUACGCGACCAACGAGAACGUCGAGCUGAAGGUGGUGCAGAGUCAAGAUGACGAAAAGCGCAUUAUAGACCUCUGGCACAAUAGAGCAGCCACCAAGUACCGGAAAACUAACAACUUACGAUAUCCAAAGGCCGUGCAGCGUACAACUAUUCGCGCGGUGAAGAAAAGAGUUGCGUUUCAAGCAAUUUAGUUUAGGCAAACAUAAUAUAAUUCAACGUGUCUCUUAUUAUCCUUGUUUUGUACAUAAACAACUUAAGAAGGUAGUUUGUAAGCUUCAUGGUUUACAUUUAAGUGUGUGUAACAAGAUAAUUAAACUGAAUUUUACACUUCAA